AUGGGAAGCUUGGCAAGAGACACAAGCAUUGUUGCUGAGCAUUUCGGGCAGCACAUUCAAUCAGUCCAACGUUUGUGGAAGAGAGGUAAAACUCAGCUUGCUAAUUUUAUUUCAGUUGAGGUUAGUAGUAGAAAGAAAGGGAGAUGUGGUCGUAAAGCAACCCAUGUUAGUUUGGAAGAAUUGCGCAACAUUCCUCUCAAGGAAAGAAUGACAAUAGAAGAUUUGAGUAGUAAACUAAACAUGAGCAAAUGGAGCAUUCAAAGGUUUCUAAAAAAGGGUCUUAUUAGGCGUCACUCUAGUAGCAUAAAGCCAUUUCUCACCCCUGCUAACAAAAAAACUCGGUUAAAGUGGUGUGUUGAUAUGAUUGACAAUGAGAUGCUUGAUGACCCGAGAUUUAAGGAUUUGUUUGAUAUAGCGUUCAUUGAUGAAAAAUGGUUUUACCUCACACAACAAUCAGAGAAGUAUUACUUGCUACCCAAAGAAGAUGAGCCUCAUCGUACUUGUAAGAACAAAAAUUACAUCUCUAGAAUCAUGUUCUUGGUUGUUUGUGCUCGGCCAAGGUUUAGUGAAAGUGGAGAGUGUAUUUUUGAUGGCAAGAUUGGAUGUUUCCCAUUAGUCACUUGGGAACCAGCUCAAAGGGGCAAUGUCAGAACUGGUCGUGUUCGUGGAGAUUUGAUGGUGAAACCAAUACUCUCUAUCACUAGGGAUGUUAUUAGAGAUUUCAUGAUCAACAAAGUGUUGCCGGCAAUUAGAGCUAAAUGGCCAAGAGAGGAUGUGGGCAAACCGAUUUAUAUUCAACAAGACAACACGCCUUCACAUCUAAAAUUGGAUGAUCCACAAUUUUGUGAGGCUGCAAAGCAACAUGGAUUUGAUAUUCGGUUGAUUUGUCAACCACCAAAUUCUCCUGAUUUUAACAUCCUUGAUUUGGGAUUUUUCCGAGCAAUUCAAGCAAUUCAAUACAAGAAGAAUGCUAAAACAGUUGAAGCUCUAAUUCCGGUAGUACAUGAGGCAUUCAUGGAGUACAGUCCACACAAGGCAAAUAGAAUUUUUGUAACCCUCCAAACAGUUUUGAUGGAAGUCAUGAAGAUCAAAGGGUGCAACAAAUACAAAAUUCCUCACAUGCAAAAGGAAAGAUUAGAGAGAGAACAACGGCUGCCUUUGCAAAUUUCUUGUGAUCCUUUGUUGCUAGCUGCAGCCAUGAGUAGUUUAGAUGCAUGAAACUCUAUGUAAUCUUACUUUUUCAUGUUGUCGUGUUCAUCUGCUACUUGAUGUUCUUGUUGAUGAUCUUGUCUUCUU